AUGGGGAUGAAGAACGCAUCGAAGGUCAAGACUCCUGCUCCUUUGAAUAAGGAAAAGAAGAAGAAGGAGAAGAAUAUAAAGAAGAAAAAGGACGAUGCAUCUUCUACUACGGGUAUCUAUGGAUGGACUCUCAAACUACUAGCGGUAGUGAUGGCCGUGGUUGUGACUUACUAUCUGCGUGAAUUGGACAAUAUGGACUUGAAGAGUCGUGCGGCUCACUACAUUUCUCGUACUGACGUGACGAAUCAUCUUCGUUUCAACGUCACGUGCGUUCCACUGGAGCAUCCCAACGACUUCGUACCGGGUUGUCACCAGGAAAACAAAUCCUUUUGUGGUCGUGCAGUAUUCGACAACUUUGUGACACUUCAGCAGGUGACGCAGCUACGUGAGGUGGCUGAGAUUGGGAUGGCGAACCGCUCUGCGCGCGGCGGCCCCACGAUAAUGGACAUCAAUACGGGUUUUGUCCGCGACAGUGAAGGUUUGGAAAACAUCUAUCAGCCCGAAAAGAGAAUACCCGAUGAGAACAAGCCUGGGAUCAAGCGCUUCAGCACGAAGCAGUUUAAUUUGUACCGCCGGGUCGUUGACAAAAUCCGCCGGGCGGUGAUGAAAGAGUUUGGUCUCAAAGAGUUGUAUUUCUCUGCGCCUACAUUCAUCACUCGUUUCGUUGGGAAUGAUUCGUGGACCCCUGUUGAGAUCCACGACGAGUACUGGCACCCACACGUAGAUAAGGAAAACACUAGGCACUACGACUAUUCGAGCCUCCUGUAUCUCUCAGACUUUGAUGAGGACUUCACUGGUGGACUCUUUUCGUUUUUGGACGAAAGCACGGAAACGGUUGUUGAGCCUGCUCGUGGCCGUCUCGUGAUGUUCACGGCUGGAGCCGAAAACCUGCACGUCGUGAAUAAGGUCGAGACCGGUACGCGUUAUGCGUUGAGUCUUUGGUUUUCGUGCGACGAGCGCAAGGAGUUUGCCAAUUUUCUGGAUGGUGUGAUGCACAAACACUUUAGACGCACGCAACAGUGA